GGAAAUGUGUAAUAUAAUUGUGGGGAAAUAGUCCACUGAAUCAAAGUACGCCACAGAAUGGAGUUUAUCAAACUGUGCGUUUUAAUCAACUUUUCUGUCUUUUCUACUGUCCAGUCUUUUGAGAAUUUAGGGGCAAGACCACAGUGCGCCUCAACUACAGUAGGAGUCAACCCAGCGAGCUACAGCUCCUCCGACUUCACAUCUAGCACAACACACACGCGAUCGCUGUGGAUGGUGGAAUCCAGUUAUUUUGCAUCCUCAUGCUGUGGCCAUAUUAGCAGCUGGUACUUUAUUCCGAAAACAACAGGAGGCAUCAAAUUCGUCGUCUUUCACAGAUUACCUGACAACACAUUCAGGAUUUCCGGCGUCAGUGAGCAUCAUAUCAAAGUGGCCGAUGUCGGAUCAGCUGUUACUCAACCGUCUAACCCGACAUUGCAGGUUCAAAACGGCGAUUUCAUUGGAUGGUAUUUUAGCGGUGACACAGUUUUGGGUUAUGGAUCGGACUCGAGCUACAUUAUGGCGAAAUAUAAGACUGGUAUUACACCCGAACUAAUAAAGAAAGGAGAAGUCAUAGACUGGUCCAGCGCCACUGGUGCCGAGUACAACAUCUUGUUUGGCGUCAGAGCAAAUAUUGUAGCAUCAACCACGCCAACACUCACCUUCCCGACGUCAGUCACGAUCACAGACUCCCUCUCUAGCGGAACGAAGGUCGUGGAUGUCACCUACUCUUAUCUAGAUCAAACGACGCUAAGUACAGAUUUGUUUAUUGAAGAGAAAUUGUAUUCCAGCAAGUACUUUGUGCUUGACUCCUCUACCCUCGAGGUUAAAGCUGACACAUCUUACAUACCAGAGGGUUCGUACACAAUGGCAUUUUACAUCAUGAAUGCAUGCAUGCUCCAGUCCACUAGAACGCUGACCAUCACCGUAACAAAUGCGCCGAUUUCCAUCACAAACCUCGGGGCCCAGUACAGAGACCUUGCAGAAAGUACAGAGAGCCAGGUGUCUCUGUACACUAUUCAGACCAGUGACCUGUCCACUAACGACCCGGUGUACUGUGAUAUCGCUAACCCCACUGUGGGUCCGUUUCAUUGUAGACAGACAUCCAGUGCCGUCAAAACUUACGACAUACUUUCCUAUGACUGGCCUCAGUUGGAAUAUGAAAGAAAAAAUACCUACAACUUACAAAUAGAAUGUUCCGAUGAUACGAACACGGCUACAGGAACCUACACAGUCAGCAUCAAACGGAACGAGCCCCCGCAGUUCCACAACGUAUUCUGGCAAGUGACGGUGGACGCAGAACAAGCGAGUAUCGGAGACGUCAUCUUCACGGUAUCAACGUCUGAUCCGGAAAAUGACGAAGUGUGGAUGACAAUGUCUUGUUCUCCCUCAAACUGCCCAUUUUUGCUGCUGAACAGUGGAGAGUUGGUGGUGAAUGCCAAUUUACUUCAUGAUUCGAAUAGUGCUUACACUCUUGCGCUGACACUAGAAGACUCCUCGGGUCACAACACAGUCACCGGCCAGUCUAUUGCUGUUACCAUAGUUAAUAUCAACAAUAAGCCUGUCUUGACUAAUGUGAAGAGUCUAACAGUGAUGGAGAAUACGGCACCAUCAACGUCUAUCUACACAUUUUCUGCAAGCGAUCCCGAUCCAUUGGACACUUUGACCUUUGCUGCCUCGUUUUCACAUGGAGAAGGAAGCAGCUUGUUCGAACUGGACAAAACAACUGGAGAACUGAGAACCACUUCUUGGUAUACAAUCGACAGAGAAAACUUGGAAGACUCCAACAAGCGAUACCGAAUGGAUAUAUCAGUGUGUGAUGGAAAGUUCUACGAUGAAGAGACGCUUUAUAUUGACAUCGUCAAUGAAAACGAGACUCCGGUGUUCUGGCAGAAAUACUACUCCAUCUCUACGACAGAAGGACUCGCAGGACAUAAUUUACCUACACCUCAGUGGAAGUAUACUGAUCCUGACGGAGAUUCGGUGACGUUUGAGUUUGACUGCGGUGCUGACACUGGUCGUUUUACGUUUGGAUCUUCAACAGGCACCAUACAGUUUAAGAAUGCUUAUGACCUGGACACUAGUGGGGUUCCUACCAAUGUUAUGUGUACAGUGUACGUUUCCGACGGAAGCUUGAGAGACUCUGCAGAAUUGUCCAUAUCCGUUGAACACAAAAACGAGGCAGCACCAAUAUUUUCUCAGUCGUCCAUUUCUGUGUACGUGGAAUGCAUUGCUGAGAUGUUGACAACUGUAGCACAGGUAUCUGCAUAUGAGUAUGACGGAUCCGAUACUGAUCACGGCACCAUAUACUUCCUUCUAGACCAGAGUAGUCUGACAAAAGAAUACUUUGGAAUCAAAGAAAACGGUGUCAUCUACACGAAAGACCUUUUGACGUCGCUGUGCAGUGGAAGUACCCUCAAUUUUCAAGUCAUUGCUUCAGACCGAGCAGGAAGAAAUUCCACUAUGCAAGUGACCGUGAAUGUUGUGUUGACAACCACAACGAGCACGACGACUACAACAGAGAAAAUGGUGUCUAUAUUUACCAACCCCGAGAACAUGUACGUAAUGCUUCCUCUGGCCACAGCAUCCGUAGCUUUUGUAUUGCUCAUGUUUGGGAUGCUAUUUUACUAUUUACCGGGCGGAAUCAAGUCAGCCGUGUCCACAAUUGGAGGCAAAAUUAGCAAUGGAUUCAGCAGCAUUGCCUCAAAGUGUAAGAAAGCGCCAGUCAGUACACCAGACGAGCCCGAGUUCAACCGUCACAAACCUGCAGCAAAACCCAAGGCUCCGAGACCUCCAGAACAGUCCUUGCCCGCCCCCACAAAUGACAGCCCACCUCCAACUUAUGAUGACGUAGUUCCGCAAUUAUUUCGAGAGACGUAUCAGUUUUGAAGAUGGAGAGAUUUGAGGGGAAAACUCGGAAUUUUCGAAAAUUUUUAUAAUCUUGUUUUGCAUUAGAUGAUCCAUCGUUGUUAUUUUGUGAUCUUUUUUAUAUCGUUAUAAUCAUGCUAUUUUUAUGUAAAUAAAAUUAUAUUGCUAUAAUUAUGAUGACAGCUACUACCAUUAGGGCAAGCGCAGCUUCAUUGAUACAUUGUACAUGCACGGAUCCAGAAUUCUCUCCCAGUGGAGUGGGUUCCAUUCCAUGCAGUAUAUUUCAGGGGACCAAACCUUUACUAGGGACUAACACUAAAUUAAUGCAUGUAUUUUACGACUGGAAGUGAAUCGGCAAAUAUGAUUCUAUUCUACCAAGCUCAUGUGAGAGGGGGUGUAGCUUAAUGAAGGACGCACAAUAAGAUAACAAAUCUCUUACCUAAGGUAGGGCAUUCCUUUCACGCGUCAUGGUUUUAUUAUAAACACGGACUAUGAACUUACAGUGUAUUAAUUUGGCUGGCGUGAUUAGAGACGGCACGGUUUUAAAUGUGUGUAAGUGUUGAUAUUAACGAUGAUGUAACAGUAUCAGCAUAUCCCGGUUAAAUGAAGGAAAGUUUUCUACAGCAGUUAUAGAACUCUUCUACAUGAGUUGUACUCUCUGGAAACUUAUAUUUCGUUACCUGUAGAAAUACACGUGUAUAUGUAUUAGAAUAUGAGACCAUAGAUUAUAUAAAUAAUAUGUACAUAAACAUAUUUCACUUGCUUUAGCAGGCACAUAGUUUUGUUUUUCAAAGGUUGGAGCAGCCAGAAAACAAAAAACACCACCCCAAAGAAAAAUAUAUAAAAAGUGUCGCGAAUGUAACAAAUGUGGUAUCCAAGAGCUCCGAUCACUCUUCGUUAUCUUCACCUUUCCUAACAGAAAUGUCGCAAUACACAUAAAGUAAAUCUUUGCAAAAUACCGGUAAUUAUUUGAAUUAUUUCUUCUGAAAUUUUGAUCAUUCUAUUGCAUAUUAUAUUUGCAGUGCAUACAUAACGUUUUGUAAUUUCUUUGUUCAUGUGAAUACCGCACAAAUGUUGUCUUUGGAAUAACGAGGCCUUGCCUUUGCCGGAAAUAUAUGUGUGCAUUGUUUGGUUAUUUAUAAUAUUAUUUUAGAAAUUUACCAUUGUUUGGUUAUGUAUAAUAUUAUUUUAGAAAUUUAUCCACAUUGCCAUUCAAGUAAAAUGAAAGCAUGAUAAUUGGGUUCAUUUAAAGCAGAAUAUUACUAAGGAAUAUGUUUUUUCAAUCAUUUGAGAAUAUAACUUAGAAACAUUGAGAUGCCUGAAUUAAUUGUGACAGUGACGCGGAACAUUGAGAUGCCUGAAUUAAUUGUGACAGUGACGAGGAACAUGACAUGGUCAGCACUACAUGUAUCGCAGCAGGUUUUCCUACGUCACAACAUCUCCAUUUGUAUCAAUAUACUAAUCACAAAAAAAUGUGUGGAUGGAAUAAGAUUGAUCAGCAAAUAUUAUCUUGAAAAUUAUAUCUGUUUUAAUGGUUUUUUACUUCUUUUUUUUCCAAGAGAUAAAAUAAAUCAUUCUUUUUAAUUCCUAAAUGCUAUUUGGUGUGCGGGUAUUGACGCUUUAGAUGUUAUCAUUUCCUCAAUGUUUAGGAUGCAGGUCACUGUAAUUCCUUUUGAUUAUACAAUUUAAAAAAAUGUUGUUGAUAUUAAUUGAUUUGAUAUAUGUAAAUAAAAAAAGCAUCGUUCUUU